CUGGGACCCAACCCGCGCGGGGUAGUCCUCUGCCGCCUCCUCGGGCGGCGGCCGCACGGCCCUCAUAUGGUGGGUCCGGAGGAUGCCGGAGCCGGCUCGGGGAGAACCGCCAAGUUGCUGCUGGGACCGGCGCCGGGGCCCGGGGGCCAGGACGGGAAGAUGAUCCGGGCCACCGGCGGCUUCGGCGGAGGUGUCGUCGCCGCCGCGGAGCCGCGGGAGGAGGCUGACGAGGAAGAGGAGGAGACGCCGCCUGGGCAGCUCUUCCAGCGCUACCUCGCGGCGGCCGUGGGGCCGCUGGAGCCGGGGCUCUGCUACUGUCCCCGGCCCGCCGGCCAGGCCAGCGCCUCGGCGGCCUCGCGCCUGGACGCCCGUCCCGUGGACUCGGGCUGCAAGUACCGCGAGGCGGCGGGCGGCCCGGCGGCGCGACGCGAAGGCAUGACCAACGGGGACUCGGGCUUUCUGCUGGGCCGGGGCCGUCUGGAGCCGGCGGAGGCUCGCGCGGGGAGCCCGGCGUCGGCGUCGCCGCGCGGUGACCGCGUCUGCCGGGAAGGGCCUGGCGACGAGGGCGCGGAUGACUGGGCCGCGCCGCUCGAGGACCCGCUGCGGAGCUGCUGCCUGGCGGCCACGGACCCCGAGGGCUCGGGCGGCCAGGGCGGCGAGGACUUGGCGCGGCCCGGAGCCGGCGCGGCGAGGUGCGACGAGGGCGCGAGCCCGGCCCCGAGGACUAGUGUGGUCGCUGCGCCCAGCCUCGCCCGGCCCGACGGUCACGCGAACUCUCGGAACACGUUCGAGGUGAGCCGCAGGCAGAGCGCCGGCGGCCGCUCGUCUCCGACGGGGCAGCCCGUGUCCCUGCCCGGCGCCGAGCAGGGUCCCACGGGCGCCUCGGCCCGGGCUCGACGGAGCGGUGGCUUCGCGGACUUCUUGGCCAGAAACCUUUUUCCCAAGAGGACAAAGGAACUCAAAUCAGCUCCUGGUUGGAAAUUAUUUGGUAAAGUUCCUCCAAGAGAAAAUCUUCAAAAAACUUCCAAAACCAUUCAGCAGGAAUAUGAAGCACGAACAGGGAGAACUUGUAAACUACCACCUCAGUCUUCAAGACGUAAGAAUUUUGAGUUUGAGCCACUUUCUACCACUGCCCUGAUUCUUGAGGACCGACCAUCAAAUCUUCCUGCUAAAUCUGUGGAAGAAGCUUUACGUCACCGACAAGAGUAUGAUGAAAUGGUGGCUGAGGCUAAAAAACGAGAAAUUAAAGAAGCACAUAAAAGAAAAAGAAUAAUGAAAGAACGAUUUAAGCAGGAAGAGAACAUUGCAAGUGCGAUGGUCAUUUGGAUCAAUGAAAUUCUGCCCAAUUGGGAAGUAAUGCGUAGUACAAGAAGAGUUCGAGAAUUGUGGUGGCAGGGAUUGCCCCCUAGUGUUCGUGGGAAAGUUUGGAGUCUAGCUGUAGGAAAUGAACUAAAUAUCACUCCUGAACUUUACGAAAUCUUCCUUUCAAGAGCAAAAGAACGAUGGAAAAGCUUCAGUGAAACAAGUUCUGAUAAUGACACAGAAGGUAUAUCUGUUGCUGACCGAGAGGCCAGUCUGGAAUUAAUUAAAUUGGAUAUAUCACGAACAUUUCCAUCUCUCUACAUCUUUCAGAAGGGUGGCCCAUAUCAUGAUGUUUUACAUAGUAUUUUAGGGGCCUAUACAUGUUACAGACCUGAUGUUGGUUAUGUCCAAGGGAUGUCCUUCAUUGCAGCAGUGCUCAUUCUCAAUUUGGAAGAGGCAGAUGCCUUCAUUGCAUUUGCAAAUCUCCUGAAUAAGCCAUGCCAAUUGGCCUUUUUUCGUGUGGAUCACAGCAUGAUGUUGAAAUAUUUUGCAACAUUUGAAGUAUUUUUUGAAGAAAACCUUUCCAAACUAUUUCUUCACUUCAAGUCUUACAGUCUUACACCAGAUAUAUACUUGAUAGACUGGAUCUUCACACUAUAUAGCAAAUCACUACCACUAGAUCUGGCCUGUCGAGUCUGGGAUGUAUUUUGCAGAGAUGGGGAAGAAUUUUUAUUUAGGACUGGAUUAGGAAUCCUCCGGUUAUAUGAAGAUAUACUCCUGCAGAUGGACUUUAUUCAUAUAGCACAAUUUCUUACUAAAUUGCCAGAUGAUAUCACAGCAGAGAAGCUUUUCACCUGCAUUGCAGCCAUUCAGAUGCAGAAUAGCACCAAAAAAUGGACUCAGGUCUUUGCAUCUGUAACGAAGGAUAUUAAAGAAGGAGAAAAGAACAGUAGUCCUGCUCUGAAAAGUUAAACUUUGAAAUUAGACUAACUGAAAUAUAAACAAAUGUAGAAAGCGUUUUCUACAUUUUCUAUAUAGAAAGCAUGGAAGAAUAUAUGGAAGCAAUCUAAAAGAAUCAAGAUCUGGAAAACUGUUGAGUUUAAAUUCCAUGGCUGAAGUAAAUGAAAUAAGUUAUUUAUUGACAGUAUUAAUGAAAAGUAUUUUGUAGGGAGAGUCAUUUUUUCAGAAGAAAAGGUUUAAAUAACUAUUAUAUACUCCAUAAUUUGGAGUGAAUAAUUUAAUGCAAUAAAUUUUUUAAGUAGCUUCGCAGAAACUUCAAAUUUUUGUGACUUUUCUUUUUUGAAGUUACCACAAAGUCACUUUGGGAGUCAGAGUAAAAUUGUUAAAGUCUACUCUAGUCUCCAAAAGGCAAUAUAGUACUUGUACUAUCUCCAGUUGUAACCUUUUGAAGAUGUUAUAGACCAAGAUUAAGCAACUUCAUUUGUAAGUUCAUUUAAGUCCCUGAAAUUUUUGCUUAUCUUCAUUCACAGGUUAGGGCAAUUGGAGUUAUCUGGAACUGGAAAUAUUGGUAGGACAUUGCUUCUUAAUUGUUAUAAAUUAUUUCCCACAGCUGUGUCUGGUUUUGAAGGGAAAUUCUUUGUCUUCCUUAAAGAAUUCCUAUCCAAGAAUGUUAGCCUGUUCUCUGACAAAUUGUUAGGUAGUAAUUUAACUCUAAAAAAAAAAAGAGCCAGGCGUGGUGGCACACGCCUUUAAUCCCAGCACUUGGGAGGUAGAGGUAGGAGGAUUGCCUUGAGUUCAAGGCCACCUGAGAUGACAGUGAAUUCAGGUCAGCCUGGGCUAGAGUGAGACCCUAACUUGGGGCAGGGGGAACCUAAUGUAGAAUGAAAGGUUUUUUUGCACUUUAGUGAUUUGAAGACUUUUCUUUGAGAGUUAAGCCCAAAAAAUAUAAAUGAGGUUUUUCAGUGAUAAGAAUAAAAACUAAUGAAUUCUGAGAGUUCUUAAAUAACAUACUACUUGACAAGACUACAUUUUUAGUUAAAUAAAUAUCUAUAGAGAUAUUAAUUUCAGUUUGAAAUUUGAAACUAAGCUAAGUCUAAGACUUGUGAAACACUAUGCAUAAUUUUUUCUAAUCGUGGAAAUAAGAGAACAAGGAAAAAUUAAAGUUACCUUGUUUUCUUAGCCUAACUUAUGGUAUUACAGAUAAAUUAUUAAUCAUUGGCAACAUGGCAUUAAAUUUAUACUUAAUUUUUAAACCUAAAUGAAAUCAUUUGAGUAUUAUGAAUGUUACAUGUAUGGUAUUGAAAAUAAAUUAUUAAUCAUUGGCAACAUGGCAUUAAAUGUAUACUUAAUUUUUAAACCUAAAUGAAAUCAUUUGAGUAUUAGGAGUGUUAUCUAUAUUAAAUACUAUUUGGCUAAUAGAGUUUUUUUUUUUUUGAUGUUGCAGUUUGGUGUAAAACAACAUUUAAGCAUACUUAUUAUGUCAGCUAGUGGUGGAUACAUAGUCUUCACACUAAUAAGCCAGAGAACCUUCCUUAUUAGUGUGGUAACAGCCUCUUUAGGAGUAUGGGACCAGAGGAUACCUAUGUAUUUUUACCCUAUGGGUCAUUCUAGCCGAGGGACUGCUAGUAGAACCCUCAAAAGCUAACUCCUAAUAUAGGGGGGAUGGCUUAGUGGAAACUGGUAGUCUAAAAAAAUACUGAGGAAAUGUUUAGGGUCUUGUUAGGUUUUAGAAUGAGCAUUAACUCUGGUAACUAUUCCUUGGUAUUGGUAUCACUGAUAAAUUUUAGGGAGCUUAACCUCUGGCAGUAAUCUCUUUGAGGUUAUACUGUCUGUCUAAAUAAAAUAUUACUUUCAUGUAUUUGUUUCCUGAGGUGGACCUAAGUUACUGUGUUUCUUUUUCUUAUUUUUUUAUUGUACAGUUUCUUUACCUUUCAAGUAUAAAUUGUACAUAAAAUAUAAAUACAAAGAAUUCACUAAAAACCACUAGUAACAAUUACUGUGUAAAUAAAACUUACAAGCAGAGUAA